GUGUACAUACAUAUUAUAGUAUAUAUAUUUCUAUUACAGAAGUCAACUGAACAUUACCGGCAAACUCUAUUUGUAUAUAAAUAGUAUUUGACAGAGCAACUAAAACGCAUAUAAAUAAGACGAUAUCGAAAUGGGUAUUCCAGGUCUAAUGACUUUUGUAAACAAUCGAUCGGAUCGUUAUUUACGGUAUUACGAGCUACAUGAUACGUAUUUGGUAAUCGACGGUAGUAGCGUCGCUUUUCAGAUAUACAGUUUAUACGCCAACUUUAAUUGUACGUUUGGCGGUGAUUACGAUAAAUAUGCACAAUGCGUAUCAAAGUUCUUCGAUGAACUAUUACAAUGCAAUGUGACACCGUUGGUCCUCUUCGACGGUGGCUGUGAAGAUAAGAAACUAAGAACAAUUAUAACCAGGACCAAGGAAAAGAUUCAAACAGCAUCUUCUUUUUCCCCAAGUAGCCAAAUGAAAUUCUUCCCUAUGAUGAUGAAGGACGUAUUCAUUGAUGUUAUGAUCGAGAAAAAAAUUCGACAUGUACAGUGUUUGUUCGAGGCUGAUAAUGACAUAGCUGCUGUAGCAAAGAUACUGAAUUGUCCUGUACUCAGUUAUGAUUCAGAUUUUUAUAUUUAUGGAACGUUGUAUAUACCAUUCAACACAUUAGACAAUCCUGUACAAAAAAGGUCAACUGGAGAAGGCUGUAUGCGGUACAAGUGUUGUAAAAUUUAUAGAGUUGAGUACCUGUUGGAUUCUUUCAGGGGUUUACAUCGGUGUAUGUUACCAUUGGCUGCCAUAUUACUAGGAAAUGAUUAUGUACAGCGUGGUACAUUUAAGAAUUUCUUUAAAUAUUUAAACUUGCACAGACCAGGAAAGAAAAAGUAUAAUCACAGGAGUUAUCAUAUAGACGCAAUCUUUACUUGGUUGAGUAAUUAUACGUUGGAGAAAGCAGUCAUCAGUAUUUUGAGUAGAUUACGUAAACCCAUGAGACAAAGAAUACUGAAUAUAAUCGAGACUAACAUAAAUGGCUACACAAAUGUGUUCGCCAAUAUGCUUGUCCCAUUGGGCUUCUCAGAGGAGUAUGCUGCCCAAGUGAUCACUCAUUCUGUGCACAGAACUUUUAACUUCACAGAAGACAUUGAUAAUUUAACAUACAUAGAAGAAACCUGCAAUGAAGGGGUUUAUGAAUCGAGCUUAGAAGAAGAAGAGGAAGAUGAAUUCGAAAUAUUGAACACAAUGACAGAGUCAGAACUUGUUUUCACCAAUGCAUUUGUAAAAAAUUUGCCUGCGUGGUUCGUAAGCGAGUUUCAAACAGGCAAAUUUCCUGGAUACUUCAUGGACUUGUUAGUUAGGCGUUUGUAUAUUUGUCCAGUACAAGUAGAAUAUACUUCGUAUCCAGCAAGCACUGUAGUAAGUUUAAGAAUUGUUCGCGUUAUAUUUGAGCUUUUAAAAUCAGGAACAAGCGACAAUAGAAAUACUAUGCAAUAUAUGAUUCGAGAUACUGGUGGCGAACUUGUUCGUCGUGAGUUGGAAAGCUUAGAUAGUAAAUUCUCUCUUGCAUUGCCAACUCUCUCUAAUCUUAGAGAAAUUUCGUUAGUCUGUCGAAAAAAAAUUUUGAAUGAUACUUUAGGGAUCGCGGAGAGUUUGUGUACAGAUGAUCUUCCAUCAGAAUGGAUAUUAUACAUUGCUUGCACUAAAUAUUGGACGGAACAACAGCAAUUGUAUAGAUUACAUAAAUAUUAUGCAUAUUCUGUAUUUGUUUCCUUAUUGUUUCAUGUAAUAGACUCGAAGAUAGGAGAUCACAUAAAUAAGUCUUCUUUUCAAGUGAAAUAUGGAUCAGUAGUUCACAGAAUAGAGCAAGAAAGAAAAGCCAGUAAUUACAAGCCAAAUUAUUCGACGAAUGUUACAAUUUCUAAAGCAUGUAAUAAUAUCGAUCGAGAGGAUUGUUUACUAGCAGCAUCGUUUUUUAUUCAACAUUUCAAAAUGGACAAAAAAUUGUGCUUGAAUCCAAAGAAAUUUAAUAGAAUAAUUGUUCAUGCAUUUGCAAACUUUCAAAAUUGUUUGAGACAUGCUAUGAACUUGAAUGCACUCUUGGGUUACCCUUAUCCACAAAUCAAGAUUGCUAAUUUCUUUAAUGGUACUUUACUGUACAAUUUGUGUAAUAAUUUUAAGUCACGUCAUGACAUUGAUGCAUACAUAAAUGGUGUCCUCCAAAGUUCUCCAAGUCUCUUAACGCUGUUGCAUGUACUUCUGUUAAAAAUAAAACAUCUGUUUCCAUUCCUAUUUCAGGAUAAUAAUUCUUAGAUGAAGCGGAGAUCUAAAAAUAAACGUGUUAUUUUGAAAAAUUCCGAAACAAUAAAUAACUGAGACUGUAUAAAAACAUUCUAUCUUCACUAAGUAUGAGUUUCUUUAAUUAUGUAGUCCUCCAGAUAGUCAAACAU